GUAUAAACAUAGUCUGCAAAUUUCAGUGUAUGAUGCAGUAUUGCACAGUUUAAGUUGCGUUGGCUUAAAAGUAACCACAGUCUCGAAUUCAAAAGGUUUUAAAAUAAAAACAAGGGUUUUACCAAAUUAUUUUUCAUAUUCACCAUGAAGGCCUUGAGAAGUCAUUCAUUAUUGAAUCAAACAGCGAAAUCAUGUCUUGGAUUUAGUCAGAAGUAUAGUAAUACUGCACUGAUGAGGAAUCAACAUGAAACAAGAUCAAAUUCAACUGUUGAUUUUCAAGAUGUUUUAAACCAUUCUAAACAUAGCGACAACUGGUGGGAUCCUAAUGGAGAAAUGGGAGCUCUUCAUAAGAUGAAUUCUCUGAGAGUUAAAUUUGUCAAAGAUGGAUUGAUAAAUAACGGGUUCAAAGAAACUAAUUUCAGCCACCCUUUGGAAGGCAUUAAACUUUUGGAUGUUGGUUGUGGUGGUGGUAUUCUAUCUGAGCCUCUUGCUAGAAUUGGUGCUAAUGUUACUGGGUUAGAUGCUUCAAAAGAAUUGAUAUCCAUUGCACAAGAACAUGCAAGCUUGGAUAAGGAUCUAUCAUCAAAUUUGACCUAUGUACAUUCAUCAAUUGAAGAUUUUUCUGAAGAUAAAGAAGAAGUAUUUGAUGCGAUAGUUGCAUCAGAAAUUCUUGAACACGUAAUCGACAAAGAUUUAUUUUUAAGGAGUUGUUCAAAAGUAUUAAAACCACAAGGCUCUAUUUUUAUUACAACUUUAAAUAAAAAUAUGAUAUCUUGGCUUGGAGGAAUUGUUGGAGCUGAAUACAUCUUAAGACUUUUACCUGUAGGAACACAUGAUUGGAAUAAGUUUAUUACUCCUGAGGAAACAAAGCAGUUAUUAGAAAAAAAUCAUUGCAAAACAAAAUUAGUACAUGGAAUGCUAUAUAAUCCAGUUACACAUGAGUGGUCAUGGACAUCGUCAACAGCUAUAAAUUAUGCUAUUCAUGCAGUAAAAGUAGAAUCUGUAAAAAAGGAAUGAUAAUUUAAAAAAUAAUAAUUCCGAAGAACUAUUUUUAAGGAGAUACCAAGGCCAGACCCAUAUGAUUAUUUUCAAAUUUAGUUUUUGAGAUUUUCACUAAAUAUUUCUUAAAAAGCUAUGUGCAGGUCUUAACUUUGUUGUUUUUUUAGACAUUUACGUAGGUUUUUACAAAAAUAUAAAACAAAAUCUCGGAAAAUACGUUUCAAAAUGUUAAAAGUAAUUUGGCUUUGGUACCUACCCUUGAAAUUUUAUCUCAAGUAUUUUUUACAUUACUUUGUACAGAAUUGAAUUUAAUAAUGUUGUGUAAAUUUGAUAUUGCCUGACUGUAGUUUUAUUUAUCAUAGUUUAAAUUUACAAGAUUAAAAACAAUUAAUCUUGAUUUUUUUGUGAUUUUUACCAAAUAAAAUUAGUGAUUAUUACACGAA